UGCUCUGAAUCAGCAGACCCAGAUCUGCGAAGUGGCUGCCUUUGCUUUCCGGGUUCUCUCUGUUCUUCUCUAAAGAUGCUGUCUUUACCAAGUUCCGAUUAAAGGGCGCACCUUUGUUGAGAAAAGGGAUGUCAUUUUGUAUUGGGGAAAUGAGAUGAUGGGUUGUAUAUAAGAGAAAGGGGCAAUGUCAGUAGCAGCAAUGGGGGUGUCUGAUCCGAGCCAACUCCACUUGAAGAAGGAGCUCACUCAGAUUCGAAAGGCCGCCCGCCUUCUCCGCGAUCCGGGGACCACUUCCUCCUGGCGCUCUCCUUUGGCUUCCUCUAGAUCCGCGGCGCUUCCUUCGGGUCGCUCCACUUCUCAAAACACAACCAACAAUGGCGACAACAACAACAACAACAACAACAAGAAGGUGUUCUUGUACAACUGGAAAGGCUCUUCCAAGUCGUCUAGGAAUGGUGAGUUCGAGGAAGAUGAGGAUGAGGAUGAGGAGGAGGACUAUGGUGUGGAAGAUGAGGAUGAAGCCUCUUCACUUGCGGCCUUGAGUGUGGGUGACAGCUUGAGCCACGGAGGAGACUCAAGGAGUGAUACUUGUGGAGGUCAGAGCCGGUCGUUGAUGCUGCUACGGCGGAGGUACCCGAAUCUCCUGCCGCCGAUCAAAGAUGGUGGGAAGAAAGCAAGUAAGAAAAUCGAGACACAUUCUCAUGUUUUGUCGAAAUAUCAGCAGAAGGAGUUGAUUCUUGGCAGGAACAUGAGAAAGGGCGGCCGCGACAAUGAGCAGUCUGAUGACACUGAGGAUUACUCUAAUUCUGAGGAUCUGAGGCAAAUGAGAGGGGCUUCACCAUUGCUGUUGAAGCUUAGGCACAAGCAUUGGCCUCCUGCUUCGGCUAAUGUUAGGAGGAAUGAUGGUAGAGUUGAGGACUCUUCUUAUUGCUAUAGUACUCCUGCAUUGUCGACUAGUUCUUAUAACAGGUAUGGUGUUCGGAAUCCGAGUACUGUUGGAUCUUGGGAUGGGACUGCAACUUCAAUGAAUGAUGGGGAUGAUGAGGUUGAGGAUCAUUUGGAUAUUCCCGGUAGCAAGGGAUGUGGGAUUCCUUGUUAUUGGUCCAAAAAGACACCUAAGCACAGAGGAAUGCAUGGAAGCUGUUGCUCCCCUUCGCUUUCGGAUACUAUAAGGAGAAAAGGAAGUGUUCUUUUGUGUGGGAGUCAGAAUGUUUAUCCUAGAAGACGGGGGUCCUCGUCAGGUUCUAAUAAGCGGAUGAUUGCAUCUAGAAGUGCCCAAGGUGUUCUGCCAUUGCUAAACAAUAGUGGUGAUGGUAGGGGAGGGUCAUCUAUAGGAACUGGGAGGAGUGAUGAUGAACUUUCCACGAACUUUGGGGAGCUUGAUUUAGAAGCUUUGAGUAGAUUAGAUGGGCGGAGAUGGUCAUCAAGCUGCCGAAGUCAAGAAGGCUUGGAAAUUGUAACUUUCAGUGGAGUUGGGGAAGAGGGAAGCACUCCAGAGAGUGUUAGAAGUUUUAGCCAGAAGUACAAGCCGAUGUUUUUCCGUGAAUUGAUUGGCCAGAAUAUUGUGGUGCAAUCACUUAUAAAUGCUAUUGGUAGGUGUAGGAUUGCUCCUGUUUAUCUUUUCCAGGGACCCCGUGGAACUGGAAAAACGUCAGCAGCUAGAAUUUUUGCUGCUUCUUUGAAUUGCCUAGCUCCAGAUGAAACUAAACCCUGUGGCUACUGCAGGGAGUGCACUAAAUUUAUGUCUGGUAAGAAUAAAGAUCUAUUGGAAGUUGAUGGUACCAAUAAGAAAGGCAUUGAUAAAGUUAGGUACCUAUUGAGAACUUUAUCCACGGCUCCCUCAUCAGCAUCAUCAAGGUAUAAGGUUUUUGUGAUUGAUGAGUGUCACUUAUUGCCUUCUAAGACAUGGUUGGCAUUUCUUAAAUAUUUGGAAGAACCACCGCAGCGAGUUGUCUUUAUAUUCAUUACAACUGAUUUGGAUAAUGUUCCUCGUACUAUACAAUCCCGGUGUCAGAAAUAUCUCUUCAACAAAAUCAAGGAUAGUGAGAUUGUGGCCAGGUUGAGGAAAAUUGCUGUUGAAGAGAACUUAGAUGUUGAACCAGAUGCAUUAGAUUUGAUUGCUUUGAAUGCAGAUGGUUCACUUCGAGAUGCAGAAACUAUGUUGGACCAGUUGAGUUUGCUGGGUAAAAGAAUUUCAACAUCUCUUGUGAAUGAACUUGUGGGAGUUGUUUCCGAUGACAAGUUACUAGAACUUUUGGAGUUAGCAAUGUCAUCGGACACUGCAGAAACAGUGAAAAGGGCGAGAGAUUUGAUGGACUCUGGGGUUGAUCCCAUGGUUUUGAUGUCUCAAUUGGCCAGCUUAAUUAUGGAUAUCAUUGCUGGAACGAACAGUACUAAUGAUGCCAAACAUGACUCCUCAUAUGGCGCUCAGAACUUGACUGAAGCAGAAUUGGAGAGAUUAAAACAUGCUUUGAAGAUUCUUUCGGAGGCUGAAAAACAGCUUAGGGUUUCAAGUGAGCGCUCAACAUGGUUUACAGCAACUCUAUUGCAACUUGGUUCAGUGCCUUCUCCAGACCUUAGUCACUCAUGCAGCAGGAGGCAUAGCUGCAAGACAACCGAGGAUGGUUCUUCAAGUGCUUCAACUUCAAGAGAAGCUGCCACUUACAAACAAAAGUUAGAUGGUCACUACAUGCUUCAAAAAUCAACUCAGCAUACUUUUGCACACAGAGCACCGAAUGACAAUUCCAAUCAUCAGGGAGAUUUGUUAUCAAGAAAGAAUGGGUUUGGUGUGAAUACCAAGCCCUCACAUGAUCAGUUUGUGGAUAGUGGUGCUUCAACUCCCUCGUGUGGAAAUGUUAUGGCUGGAAAUAUGGGCCUUAGAUGUGUAAACUCUGAGAAGUUAAAUGAUGUCUGGGCACAGUGUAUUGUUAAGUGUCAUUCAAAGACACUGAGGCAGCUACUACAUUCUCAUGGAAAGCUAGUGUCUAUAUCUGAAGCUGAAGCUGAAGGUGUUCUGGUUGCUUAUGUUGCAUUUGAAGAUGGAAGUAUUAAGUCUAGAGCAGAAAGAUUUGUGAGCAGUAUCACAAAUUCAAUGGAAAUAGUUCUCAGACGCAACAUAGAGGUUAGAAUUGUCCACUUGCCAGGUGGGGAGGCUUCUCUAAAUGGUCCUAGUCCAGUUCACUUGCUGGAAGGUCUAAAGCAGGCAACAACUAUUGCAGAACUUGUCAGGGAAAGGAAAAGAGUUGGUUCAAAUGCCACGGAUGGUUAUUCCAAUUGUUCUCUUUUUCUGGAUGGGACACACAAGUCAACCUCUGAUUCAUCAGACUUGAUCGCUGAUGGCAAUGCUCAAACAAGUGAUACAAGAGAGAGCAGACAGGAGAUCCCAAUGCAGAGAAUAGAAUCUAUCAUUCGCGAGCAAAGGUUAGAAACUGCGUGGCUACAAGUUGCAGAGAAAGGCACCCCCGGUUCGUUGAGUCAUUUGAAACCUGAAAAGAAUCAGGUCCUGCCUCAGGAUGGCAUAUAUUACGAAGAUCAGAUGGAAUCAAUGAAUUCAAUGGGAUUAUCCUCUCAGCAAUGGGAUGAUGGAUUAAAUCAUGACGUAAAAAUUUUGAACGCUAACAGUGGGAAGGUGGUUCAGCAGGAGCAAAUUGGUAAAAGGGCUGAUCGUUAUCCUAUGUCACCGAGUUCACUACAUGAGAAGGGCAAGUCCGACAAAGAUAACCUGGGCGAUGAAUCAGGGUCAGCUAGAGGAGGUUGCAGCGGAUUUUUUCCUUGUUAUAACACCAGGCGUCGUAAAAGAGGGAAGGUAAAAGGGACCCCUAUUCAACCACGGAAAGGUAGACGGUUUUCAUUGUUUAGUGUGUGUGGGAAGUCAAGGAAAACAGCAGAGAAGACAAGAUAAUGGGAGGAGUUUUGGCUAUACUGUUUCACUUGGUUACACAUUUUCCUGUAUUUAUGUCCCCAUUUGAUCCAUUCUUCAAAGAUUCAGUGAUAGGGUGAUAGGGUGCUGCAGAGAAUGUAAAGGUGUCUCUUUUGAACUGGUUAAUCUGUGUCCAUCCAAUUUUUAUUUAAUCAAUACAAAUAAAUUGGUAAAAUCUUGAAUGGAUUCAAGUUGCUCCUAUUCUCUUUGGAA